CAACCCCCAAAAAAAAGCAAUCAAAAUUUAUCAUCGCUAUCUAUGACUUCUACUGUCGGGUACCUAUUCAACCUUAUCUUCCAAAAGCUCCCAAAAUCCUAGGGUUUUUCUUCAGUGCUUGCGGGGCUUUUCUCUUUUCUUCUAUCUUCUCAUUGAAAGACACCAAAAAAAAAGAAAAAUGGAACAACCAGCAACGCCCAUUGCUAUUCCUCAAAAAGACAGAGACAACAGCAACAACAAAGCAAAGAAAAAAAUCCCUACACCACAAGAGCUGAUAUCCCUUUACGAAAACCAAGGCGUUGAUUCCCAAGAAGCUUCCAUCAAAGUAAUUGAGGAUCUUCAGAAUGUGGUGAUGAGAAUCAUCUCUUCCAACCCCAAAUCCAAGAAGGACAAGUUCUUGCUUGACACUUCAAGAAAGAUUGACAGUGUCAACAGCAGGCUUGCUGUUGUUGAUAUGAAGCUUGACUCUAAGCCUGGAUAUAUGGAGACUUUUGCCAUUGGAAUUGCUUCUGGGGCUGCUUUGAAUGGCAUUGGCAGUGUUUUGCCUCAUGUUUUUGAGGGUUUUGCUCAGAUUUGGUCUGCUGUUAGGACUGCUACUAAGCGUUCUUCUUCUUCUUCUUAGAUUAGAUUACAUGUCCUGGUUAGAGUUCUUUUAUUUAUUUGAAUUUCAUUUUGGCUGAUGGUAUUGAACUAGUGUCAAAUUAAAAAAAUCAGAAUGUUUCUACUAUAAUUUCUUUUGUGGUAUUAUCAUAUUCUAGUUUGUGGAAAUGAAAUGCAAGUACUUGUGAAUUUCUGAAUUUUGGGAAAUACUUUAACUUGCUCCUGCACAGCAGUCAAAAGAAUCAUCUUGAAGGAUCAUGUCAUUGUCAUUUUUCACCUUUGGCUUAGAAUUUUAUUAUUCUUUUUAUCAA